CUGAGACAUUUUGGGAUCGAUUCCCAGCUGGAGCAAUUUGGAAUUAGGGUUUAUCAUCUCGCCCAUGGAGAAAAAUAUUGGGCGCCUGAGCUGGGGGGACUGGAUUUGGGGCUUGAUUCAUGUCUUUCUCGACACGAUCACGCAGCGCGUGUGGAGCUGCCACCUGCAACCGCUGCCGGAGAUGCCCGCCAUGGCGGGAGUGACGUGCAUUGUUACCGGCGCUACCAGCGGGAUCGGGCUCAAUACAGCAAGGGAGCUAGCAAAAGCUGGAGCUCAUGUCGUGCUCGCUGUUCGUAACACCAAGGCUGCCAACGAGCUUAUCAAGCUUUGGCAAAAGGAUCAGUGUGCCAAUGGGGUCCCGCUUUUGGACGUAGAAGCACUGGAGCUAAAUCUUGCGUCUCUAAAGUCUGUUCGACAGUUUGCCAAGGAUUGGGAGCUCCAAAAUCGUCCACUACACAUUCUCAUCAACAAUGCCGGGAUUUUCCAUAUGGCAGGAUCUGAGAGAGUCUCGGAAGAUCGUCUGGAAGAACACAUGCAAGUGAACCAUCUCGCUCCAUCGCUGCUAACGAUGCUGUUGCUGCCUUCUUUGCUGCGAAGCGGGCCUUCGCGAGUGAUCAAUGUCAGCUCUGCUAUGCACCACCUUGGCUCCCUCGACUUUGAAGAUCUCAACACCACGCCUGGAAAGAAGGGGUUCAACAGCACGGCAGCUUACUCGUCCAGCAAACUGGCACAGUUACAUUUCAGCAAUGUGCUUCAACGAACGCUGCCAGAGGAAGCGAAUGUUGACAUCAUCUCAGUUCAUCCUGGCGAAGUCAUCACGAAUGUGGUCCGAACACUUCCGAAAUGGCUGCAAGUAGCAUACAGGUUUAUACCGUUUUUUCUCUUCACUCCUUUGGAAGGCGCUCGCAGCGUGCUUUUCUGUGCGACUGAUCCUCAUGUGUUGGAAUACGCUCGAGCUAUCAGAGCUUCGAACUAUCCUAGCGCUCCAUACUUCUCGUCCGCCUGUACACCAGUCAGUGUGGCCAAGCAAGCGAUGGACCUGGAUGCUGCGUUUAAGACUUGGAACAAAACUUUGGAGCUCGUAGGCCUUCCAGACUACUACUUCCAAAGGGUGGUCUCUGGAGUUCCUGGACAAGCCGAAACCAUCGAAACUAUAGACGAGGAAGAUUAAGGAGAUCGAAAAGCAGAACUUUGGCUUCUAAAUCAUAUGCUCGAAACUAAAGAGUUUAGCUUCAUGGCAAAAAGUGACCGUCAGAUGUAGAAGAUCCAACGGCUCACGUGUUAAAGUGGAAUAUCCACGUGGCGAGGUUUACGAGCGGGAAAAUUUGAACUGUC